AUGAUAAAGAAGGCAGUAGAAGCUAGUGGAACAGUUACUAUUACAACUGUAACCCAGCAACUAUUUCGAACAAAGAUGGAUUUUAAUGAAUGUUUCAUUCAUCCAAAGUCAUUCUCUUUAGACCCUAACAUUUAUACAGAACUUGUAGAACAUUAUACAAACGAGGCUUUAUGUUUUCCUGUUAAAGUUAUGGAUUGGAUUCCUAUGGACGGUUCAUUCUCAAAGAAUACAGAUAGUUCAAGUGCAACAUUUACAGCAGCUUAUACGCCUAUUAAUGUUAAAAGUAUUUGGGCACUAUUUAGAAAGAAAGACAACUAUUAUGUUAAUUUUGAGAACCCUAAGUUUAAAUAUCUUCAGCUUUCCAUGGGAGCUUAUGGAAAUAUGCCUGCAGAACCUGAAAAAUCAUAUGGACCUGUAUUUUAUGAAAUGGUUGCGAACGCUUGCAAUACAAACAAUGAUAUGAUUGGAUUUAAUGAAGAUGUUAUGAGGUCAUUGGUGGAUGAUGGUAGUGUGGAACAUAAAUGGGAUAGCUAUGACAACACACAUUUCUUAUGUGGUUUUCCAACAGAAGUGGACUUUUGCUUCCAGCAAGGUCAAACAUCUACUGCUCCGAUAACAUACAAAUUGUCUGUUAAAGGACCUAUUGAACUAGCAACUGAAAACGUACCAAAGCCACUUAUUGGAUUUAUGAGGGAUUGUUGCUUUGCCAUUCAGGUGCGUGCUAAUGGCAUCCCCAUAAUAAGAUUAGAUGACUAUAACUUAGCUACGGACGACAGUGAGGAAUAA